GGCUGCCCAAGGCCGCGGUGAUCACAGAGAAGAAGGUGAUGAUGGUGGCUCUCCUGGGCCGCCUCUGUGGGCUGCGGCCUGAUGACGUCGUCUACACAACGUUGCCGCUCUACCACUCGGCCGGGCUGCUCAUCGGGGUGGGAGGGUGCUUCGAGGUCGGAGCCACCUGCGUCCUACGGGCCAAGUUCUCCGCCUCCCAGUUCUGGGACGACUGUCGCCGCUACAACGUCUCCGUCAUCCAGUACGUGGGCGAGCUCAUGCGCUACCUCUGCAACACGCCCAAGCGCCCCAAUGACCGGGAGCAUGGGGUGCGCAUGGCAUUGGGCAACGGCCUGCGGGCGGAGGUGUGGAAGGAGUUUCUCCAACGCUUCGGGCCCAUCAACAUCUGGGAAUUUUACGGGGCCACCGAGGGCAACGCCGGUUUCGUCAACUACACUGGCAAAAUCGGGGCCGUGGGGAGAGCCAACGUCUUCCUCAAGGCGUUAGCUCCCUUUGAGCUCAUCAAGUACAACGUGGAGGAGGACGAACCCGUCCGUGACGAGCGAGGUCUCUGCAUCCCAGUCCGCCCCGGUGAGACGGGGCUGCUGGUCAUCAAAAUCACCAAGAACACCCCUUUCCACGGCUACGCCGGCGAUUCCAAGAAGACAGAGAGGAAGAUCUUGAGGGACGUCUUGGUCAAAGGCGACGCCUUCUUCAACAGCGGUGACCUCCUCAUGAUUGACCAUGAAAGAUUCGUCUACUUCCAGGACCGCGUGGGAGACACUUUCCGUUGGAAAGGCGAGAACGUGGCCACCACAGAGGUGGAGGCCACUCUUGUCAUGGUGAACUUCAUCCAGGAGGUCAACGUCUACGGCGUGGCCGUGCCGGGGUGCGAGGGGAGGUGCGGCAUGGCGGCCAUCCGCCUGAAAACCGGGACGAGCUUCGAUGGCGAGAACCUCUACACCUUCACCAGGGACACGCUGCCCAGCUACGCCGCUCCCCGCUUCGUGCGCGUCCAG